CAUCGAACCACGGGUUAGGAUGAGGUGAUUUGUUUUCCUAAUUUUUUGUGAAAUUCCGCUGGCCAUUCUUAAAAUUUCACAGUAGAAGCUGAUCACCAACAGCCCUCUGAAGUGGACAUCGAUAGUUAUAUGGAUGUUUUAUAAUAGAAGAAUUGUCACGUCAUAGUCGGACGUCACGAUCAGCGACGUCCGUGAUAAGCGUCAGGUCGGGGUUGAUGGUGUAGUGAUCGUCCUGUGAGGGUUGCGAUGGCGGAGACGAGCGAGGCGCAGGCGAGUGCGUCGGCGCCGGGCGGCGACGCGGGAGGAGAUGACGAGAAGCGAGACGAGCGGAUGCUGGAAUGCAACAUUUGCCUGGACACAGCGCGGGAUGCCGUCGUAUCCAUGUGUGGACAUCUCUUCUGCUGGCCCUGCCUUCACCAAUGGCUGGAGACGCGGCCGAGCCGACAAGUGUGCCCCGUAUGCAAGGCCGCCAUCAGCAGAGACAAGGUCAUCCCGCUCUACGGCCGGGGGAACACCAAGCAGGAAGACCCCAGGAACAAGGUGCCACCGCGGCCAGCGGGGCAGCGUACGGAGCCCGAGAACAACAGCGGCUUCCCGGGCUUCGGCUUCGGCGAGGGCUUCCACAUGUCCUUCGGCAUCGGCGCCUUCCCCUUCGGCGUGUUCACCUCCACGUUCAACUUCGGCGACCCGAGGCCUAGCGCUGCCCCGCGCGGCACGGCGCAGUACGAAGAGGAGCAGUUCCUCUCGAAGAUAUUCCUGUGGGUGGCCAUCCUGUUCGUGCUGUGGCUCAUCUUCGCCUGACCGACCCUCUGCCCCUCUGGGUCUCACAUACCCGCGGUACACUCAUAUCCGGAAGGUAAACUGAUUGCUGUUUGAUUGUUUUAUAUUUUAUGGGUGGAUCAAUUGUUUCUUGUUCUGUCCCGUCAGCCAAGGUUAUAGUUGCACAGUUAUUGACCCCUAAACUGAGACGUAGACAGGCGCGGACGCCUGCAGCCCAAUAUCAACCUAUAUGUGCCUUCAACAAGGCUUACAAUGCGCGUCACACACGGUACACGUGCGUUGAAAGGUUUAAAGAACUGUUAUACAGACUCUUGCAACAAUAUAUUAUACAAAGAAGGCCGCAACAAUAUCUGACACGAUCUUAUUUGUAGAGCCAAGCGUGUCACAUAUUUUUGCGGCCUUCGAAGAGCAACAUAUUGCAGGUGACUGUACCACGAUCCAUUAAUGUUUGGUUAUUAUAAAUGCCAUAAAAUUUGUAGACUUAGCUUUGCAGUAUUUGAACUUGCCUACGAAACUGGAAGUCCUGGGUUCGGAUCCCGGUAAAGGCAUUUAUUUGCGUGUUUAUGACUUAUGAGGAAUGUUUGUUAAUCCUUAACACAAGCCUGUACUUACUGUGGGGCUAAGACAAUUUGUGUAAGAUAGUCCCAAAACCAAAAUAUAGAUUUACUUAUAAAAUCCGGGUUUCAAGGAAUGACCCAAAAGCGGUUGGGUGACAAGAAUAAUUGAUUCACCCAUUUACUUAUUGAAAAAUAUGAUAAGGAUUGAAACCACGUAAAUAAAAGUAACUUUAAUUUAUAAAAAUCAUAAGAUUUAUACGAAAUAAUAUAUAUGCUCACGAAAUAAAAUCAGUCAUAGCAAGCAAGGUAAGUGCGCCCAUACAAGCAUCUAUGCCUUUGUUUAGUGAUGUACGUAUCGUAAACACAGAUGCCCCGUGGCGCACUCGCCCCAAACCUUACGAAUGCGCAGAUAUUAUUGUAUUCAUUCCGAAUACGAAAUUAAACAUUUAUGUCUUAUGAAUUGCUCUGAUGAGACCGGAACUAUAAGAGAAUGAUUUUCAGAUGGUUUAAAAGUUUAGAUGUUGUAAGCCAGCCUAAUAGAGAGUGAUGUAAGGCAGCAUUAAAUAUAAUGAACAUAUUUUAUUAAUAGCUUGGUUUCCACUGUCAUCAUCAUGAUGGAUAAUUUAUAGAAAAGUAGCUAAAAGUGAAAUUUUAAUUUAAAUCAAAAAUAUCGCACGCAGGCAAAACUCCACUUCCGUCUGGGUUAAACAGUAGACUUAUAAUUUAUGUAUUCUUUCUCCUAACAAUCUAUCACAAUGUAGCUAUAUUGUACAGAUUAUAGUUCGUUUUUUUUAGCAUUAGAAAUAAGGUAAACAAUCUUGAUGUGUCUUUUAAUUGAAAAACACAUUUAAAAAAUAAGUUACGGCAAAUAUGUAACAAUUAUGAAUCUAAUACGAUCAUUUAUAUUCUUCUGCUUAAAUAAGUAAUAGUUUUUGAGUUUUAAAAAGCGUUUUUCAUUUAAAAGACUUGUCAAGAUCGCUUACCUUCUUGCAAGUUCUUUCUAAUGCUAAAAUAAACGAACUAUAGUCGCUAUCACAUUUCUAUGUAUAGUCGCCACUAGUUACAUGUGAGCGAACAAGAUGCUUAUAAAUAUCUAAACAUGACUUUGUAGUAUCUAGCUUGAUCGUUAUGAAUGUAUGUAUUCCCUUCGUGGUUUGUUAUCGCGUUGUAUGGCUGCGUCACUUAUGUUUGCUCUGAACAUUUGGGCACAUCAUGUUCAGAUAUUUUUAAAACACUUGUAUUUAAGGAUUUGAUGUAAAAAAUCAAUCAAUAAGAUUAUUUUAUAAACUUUCAACUUAUGAAUUGUUAAUGUUUAUACCUUUGACCUAUAAUACUGUAAAAUACUAUGCUGAAAAAGCUUCUUGUGCUGUAAUCUCUAUACGAAUAUUUAUCUUUAUGUAAACUGCCAGUUUUUAAUCGAAUUUCAACUGAGUUACUAGAGUCAGACCAUGAAUAGUCUGCAGCGGAUUUGAUAGCCCACGCAGUGAAAGUGUUAUUUUAAACGUCAAACUUCUAUAAAAUUAUGACGUAUGAAUGACACUUGCACUGCGUGGGCUAUCAAAUCCGCUGCAGACUUUUUUUGGACCAACUAUAAACAUUAAAUUAUUUAUAACGUUAAAGUCACGUAUUUUUAGUCUAUCGCGCUGUUUCGAAGAGCCUACUAGUUACAAGCUUAUGAGAAACGAGCCCUAUGUCCCCAUUUUGAAGCGCUAUAAGUUCGCAACUGGUUAGCAUGACAGCUUGCCGAAAACGCGGGUCUCCGAAAUAAGUCGCAUGGGUAAAAAUACGCAUGUUUAACUAAUUUAAUUUAAUGAUAGUUUUGUAUAAAUAUUUUUAAACGCAUUUGGGUCUCGCUUUAUGUAGGGUCUGUCAAUGCAAAUUAUGAAUUUAAUCAUUCCUCACUCUGAAGAGUUGUUAUUGUCUUUAUAUUGGAAAGAGCGGAAUGUUCUCAAGAUCUGGUAUUAAAAAAUCGAUCUUAAGAGCUAUGCAAGAAGACUGAAAUUAUAAUGGGCGCUUUCAAGGACUUUAGCCCCAGACCAUUUUCAUAUAAAGUUCCUUAGAACUUUUGGCUAACAGAUCGAUUCGAUAUAAAGACGUUAGAAAUCAUUUCGUGGGGACACAGUUUCACUCGCAAAUACGCAGGGGCCUUUGUACAGUUCCAUAACCUUGGUUCCCUGUUGACGCCGUACGCUGCCACGUUGUAUGGGGCAUUUCUAUACGGGACGCUUUAGCAAGCGUAUGGCGUCAAAAGGAGACCAAGGCCUAACAUGUCCUUUUUUAGCUUUAGGCUUAUAGCAAAUAAGUGUCGGUUAACUUCAAACUCGGGUAAAUCCAGUCGACCCUCUCAGCAAAUAUCUACCUAGUAUUACCUUUUCUUAGGGCUGAUUUAGACGGCGCGCGAACUCGCAUGCGAUUAUAGUUACAUUGCGGACUGUUGGUUACGUCCAGUUCAACAGACCAAUCAAAACCCGCAAUGUAAUGGAACUCGCAUGGCUCAUCUUCUAAAUGAGCCAUUAAUAAUAAAAUCGCAUAAUCUGAUAGAUGGAUUUAUCAGAGUUUGAAGUUAAGCGACUCAUAAGUGGUUUAUCAUUAUAUCCAGUGUUAGUAACAAGCAAUUGUGAAUUUUCAAAUCAACUGACAUUCAUAAUACAAAUCACUAUGUUGAUAAUUCAAAUUGUUUGUACAAAGUUUUUUUGUAUCUCAACUAACUUUUUGGUAUCUAUAUGCAUGUUUGCAACUGUUAAUAUCAGUUGGUGUUUUUUCUGAUAGUUUGCUUUAGUAGUCAGAAAUGUACAGUCAACCACAUAUCGUCGGGUGACAAGCAAAAGUCAUUAACUGACACCAUUGAAAUUAUGGGACAAUAAACCGUGUUACAAGUGUAAUAAAGUGCAUUGCUACUUGAAUUUUUUGAUAGUACUUAGUAACUUUUGCUUGUCACCCGACGAUAAUGUUAUUCAUCCGACAAUGAGUUGUCGUGAUCACUCCGAAGUUGUAGAUGUAGAAGACGUUUAUUUAGGGCGGUUACACACUAGCGUAUUUUUCUGGCUAAUACGGUCGUUUGGGCGUUACGAGCCUAGACGCGCGUUAAACACCCCUACAUUUGGUUUUUACGUGCUUAUAUGCGCACGUUACUUUUCCCUACAUUUGGUCUAUACGAGCGUAUGCGUACGCUAGUUAGUCUGAAGCCGCUCAUGUUUAUACUUCGUUUUUUUUAGCAUUAGAAAUAAGGUAAACAAUCUUGAUGUCUUUUUAUUGAAAAAGACGUUUAAAAAAACCAGGCAAGUGCGAGUCGGACUCGCGCACGAAGGGUUCCGCACCACAAUGCAAAAAAAAAAAACAAAAAAAAAGCAAAAAAAGAACGGUCACCCCUCCAAGUACUGACCCCGCCCGACGUUGCUUAACUUUGGUCAAAAAUCACGUUUGUUGUAUGGGAGCCCCAUUUAAAUCUUUAUUUUAUUCUGUUUUUAGUAUUUGUUGUUAUAGCGGCAACAGAAAUACAUAAUCUGUGAAAAUUUCAACUGUCUAGCUAUCACGGUUCGUGAGAUACAGCCUGGUGACAGACGAACGGACGGACGGACAGCGAAGUCUUAGUAAUAGGGUCCCGUUUUACCCUUUGGGUACGGAACCCUAAAAAUAAGUCACGGCAAAUAUGUAACAAUUAUGAAUCUAAUACGAUCAUUUAUAUUCUUCUGCUUUCAUAAGUAAUAGUUACUGAUUUUUAAAUAGCUUUUUUCAAUUAAAAGACAUGUCAAGAUCGCUUACCUUCUUGCAAGUUCUUUCUAACGCUAAAAAAACGAACUAUAGCUGCUGUGGAGCUCGUACUGUGCGACUGUUACUGCGGAAUCAGCCUUAUUUACGUAAAAAAAAUUUACGGUUAGUCUCAUAGUGAGUAGUAUAGAUAAAAAAAUCCACAGCAGAACAUUUUUUUUUUCACCUGUCCAAUUUCUUUGUCCAAUGUGUAUUUGCAUCUCACAUUUUGCUUCGUGGAAGAGUGAGACGCAAUGCCCACUGUACCAAGAUAUUGGACAAGUGGAAUGCUAACCUAAGGCUUGAAACAACAUUACGUACAUCUUUUACUAUUUCCCAAUCGGUCAAACACUUCGCGAUACUAUAAGCAAAUAUAUAUAUAUCAAAUCGCGUAGAAGAGACCACGAAACUUGUAUUUGUUAGAUAUUGUUUAUGUUAAUAUUCCUGUAAGUUAAGUGUAUAUAAUUAUUAUAUUUUAAAGAUUUGAAGGGAAGGAAAUUUUAUUGUUUAAUGUAAUUUAUAAAAAUAAAAAUACUUAAACACUGAAA